UUUGUGAAGAUGGCGGCCCCGGUGGCUACGGAAGUGCUGGAGGCAGACCUGCCAAGAGCCGUGGCACUUUUGAAAAACCUCCAGGAGCAGGUAAUGGCUGUAACUGCACAAGUUCAAGCUCUGACCAAAAAAGUUCAAGCUAGAGCCUAUCCUACAGAGAAGGGUCUCAGCCUCUUGGAAGUGAAAGACCAGCUGCUGCUCAUGUACCUUAUGGAUUUGAGUCACCUCAUCCUGGACAAAGCCUCAGGAGGGUCUCUUCAGGGACAUGCUGCAGUUUUGAGACUGGUGGAAAUUCGCACGGUUUUGGAAAAGCUUCGUCCCUUGGACCAAAAACUAAAGUAUCAAAUAGACAAACUGAUCAAGACUGCAGUGACAGGCAGCCUCAGUGAGAAUGACCCACUUCGUUUUAAGCCUCAUCCCAGCAAUAUGGUGAGCAAGUUGAGUUCUGAGGAUGAGGAAGAUGAUGCAGAGGAAGGCCAGUCUGGAGCUUCAGGGAAGAAAUCCUCAAAUGGAGCAAUUAAGAAAUAUGUUCCACCACGCUUGGUCCCAGUACAUUAUGAUGAAACAGAGGCUGAACGGGAGAAGAAGCGCCUAGAGCGAGCUAAGAGGCGAGCAUUGAGCAGCUCUGUCAUUCGUGAACUUAAGGAGCAGUACUCAGAUGCUCCAGAGGAGAUCCGUGAUGCCCGGCAUCCUCAUGCUACUCGCCAGAGUCAGGAGGAUCAGCACAGGAUUAACUAUGAGGAGAGCAUGAUGGUGCGUUUAAGUGUGAGUAAGCGAGAGAAAGGACGACGGAAACAUGCAAACAUCAUGAGCUCACAGCUUCAUUCUCUCACACACUUCAGUGACAUCAGUGCUCUAACAGGAGGAACCCCUCAUCUGGAUGAGGAUCAGAAUCCUGUUAAGAAGCGGAAGAAGAUACCUAAGAAAGGUCGGAAGAAAAAAGGUUUUCGGAGGCGGCGGUGAUUAUGGGUGUACAUAUUUAUGUAUAUUUUUUGUCAUCCUGGGAUACUUCUGAUUUCACUGUAUGUAGGUUUUUUCCCUUGGAAUGUAUUAAUUGUUUGCUCUGGAGAUGUGGAAAUAUCUUUAUUAAUAAAACUGAUUUUACUUAUGAA